AGUGCACGCAGAUGUUCCGGCUAGAAGCAGAUUGAAGGUUUGCUGUGAGGUGGACAGGGUCAAUCAAACAGUCAUCAUGAAUUCACGAAAGCCACGUUAUUUCCCACGCUGGUCAACUUUAAUCGAUCAAGGUCCUCCAAAACGAUUCCUUUUACAAACAGAGAGGAAAAUACUUGAUGAUAAUGGGAAAGUCAGAAAAUGGUGUUAUGGAACAAAAGACACCAGUAAACAAAACAAAAUCCUUCUGCUGGUGGGAGAGACCGGUGCUGGAAAGACAACACUCAUCAACUCUUUCAUCAACUACCUAAUGGGAGUGAAGUUUGAGGAUGAAAUAUGGAAUGAAAUCACAGAAGAAGCAGUCAGAGAUCAGUCAGAAUCCCAAACCUCUGAAAUCACCAUGUACGAGGUCUUUCCUGUAGAGAGUGCAAUUUCUGUCACCAUCAUUGAUACUCCAGGUUACGGAGACACUAGAGGACUGGAGAAAGAUCUGGAAGUUGCUGAAAAUUUAUCUGCUCUGUUUCAGAGCAAUGAUGGAGUUCGAGAAAUUGAUGCUGUGUGUUUUGUGAUUCAAGCAUCAAAGAAUCGUCUCUCAGACAGACAACACUACAUUAUCAGCUCAAUUCUGUCUCUGUUUGGGAAAGACAUUGUGAACAACAUUGUGUUUUUAAUCACACACUCUGAUGGUCUUCCUCCUAAAAAUGUCCUCGGUGCCAUUAAUAAAGCUAAAAUCCCCUGCAGACGAGACAGAGAAGGCCAACCUGUUCAUUUCAUAUUCAACAAUAAUCAAGCUGAUGCUCGUCAAACUAAAGAACGUUACAUUCGUGCUCAAAGAGACGCCUGGGAAGACAGUAUGAAUGGUAUAAAACGCUUUCUUCGGUCUCUGGAUGAAAAGAACAGAAAAAGUUUAGAGUUGACUUCAUAUGUCUUGAUUGAGCGCAUUCAGUUUGAAGCAUUUAUCUGCAACUUGCAGCUGAGAAUUCAGGAGAAAGAGCUGAAGAAGGCUGAGAAACUUCAGAUUCAGGAGGCAAUGAAACAGAACAAGGAAAAGAUUGAACAGUGUAAAAACUUCUCCAUUAAAGUCCGAAAGACAGCCAAAAAGAAGGUUCCCAUUGAGCAUGCAUCAUGGAAAAACAGAAAGGCGACAACCUGCACGGUCUGUGAGGAGAACUGCCAUGAGUUUGACUGCUGGUGGGUUUCUGGUCCCAAGAAAUGUGAAGUCAUGAAAGAUGACUACUGCACUGUGUGCACAGGGAAGUGCCACUACACUAAACACGUCAAAGAAAACAAGAAAUAUGUUAUUACCACUUCAAACUAUGUCUUAGAGUUUGAUGAAUUUACAAAGGAAUAUAAAAAAGCCCAAGACCAGACAAAGAGGUUUUCAAUUAUAAUGGAAGAUCUUGACAAAGAGCUGAAAGAGAUUGAAGACCAAAAAUUAAUAUUACUGUUCAAUGCUUACAAGACCCUCAAGCAUCUGUCUCAGAUCGCUCUAAAACCAGACUCUGCCUUCACCCUCCAGCAUCUGGACUUCUUCAUCCCCAGAGUGAGGGAGGCUGGGAAAGAAGACUGGGUUCGGGAACUGGAGGAGAUGCGGAGAAUGGCAGUAGCUGAAGAAGCCAAUAAAGACGCUCUGAGUUACCUGAAAGCUGGACUCACAAAACUCUUCAUCAAUGGGAAUUGAA